GGGGGCCGGAACAGCCUCACGUUCUUCUCCGACAACAGGCUCCUGUCCCUGUCGACGCGCCUCCAGAAUCAAAAGGUGAACGAGCUCGUGGGGCGGAUUUCCGUCAUUGUCAAUGGGCGGUUACGUCGUACCGACUCGACCACCACGAACCCCCGUAGGACGCAACCUCCAGACUUGGGUACCGACAGGGUGCGCGCUGCCUUGUACAUUCGCCUUUACUUUGAGCGGGUGCAUCCCAUGUUCCCGUUCCUCGACCGCACGACUUUCGAGACUACGGUCUCAAGUCCCAACUUUCCCAAUCUCCUCGAACGGAGUAAGCCGUGGUGUUGUCUCUACUACUGCGUCCUUGCUUUGGGAUGUCAGUACGCUGACGGUGGCACAUUCGAGCCUGGCAAGGGCGAGUCUUGGCGGCUGUUCUCUGUCAGCUUGAGUGGCUUUUCGGAGCUGCUAUUGCUUCCCGAUUCUCUGACCACCUUGCAAGCACUGACGGCCAUGUCUGUAUAUGGCUUAGGAAUCUCAGGCCUGGCAGUCGAACCCGUCAUCAUGUCAGAGGCAGCAAGACGGGCUCAGAUUAUGUCGAGUCAUAGCUUCACUGGCCCGACAGCCCACGCCUACCAGAAGUCCUUCUGGAUCCUGUACGCCAUCGAGAAAAUCACCAGCUUCCACUUCGGAAGGAGUUCUAGCUUUGUCGAUAGUGACAUAUCCUGUCCAAUCCCAGUCGUUCCCGAAGCAACAUCGGGAGACUUUAGCUGGUUUCUGCACUUGGUGCGCUUCGCUCGUCUCCUUUCUCGCGCAUACACAUCGCUCUUCUCGGUCGGCGUGUCGGGUAACUCCGAUUCGUAUUACCUUGACGUGAUUGACCAGUUGAAUGGUGAACUAGAGGAGUGGAGAGCAUCUCUACCCGACAAUGGCUUUCGCCCGGGCGGAAUCUUACGCCCUCAAACCGUGUCCGGCCCCAAUGCGAGAUCGUUGGCUCUCAUCCUCCAUUAUCUCUACUAUAGCAUGCUACUGACUCUCGCGAGAACCACGCUGUGCUAUCUGCCUGUUCCUGAGACGCCGGCGGUCACAGCGACAAAGGAUGACAGGAUGAAGACUAUCCUGAAUGCAUCAAGGGCUAUCUUGGAGUUGACUACAAUGAUUGAAGUUGAACCAUACACGGUGACAUGGGUCCUUGCGGGAAUUCCCAUCACAGCGCUUUUCGUCUUAUUUGACCUCGUAAUUCAUGAUCCUCGGCAGCCAGACACAGGUACCAACCUGGCUCUGCUCGACAUGGUUGCUGGUCACUUCAGUCGGAUUGAGUAUGCCAGCGGUGGCACCGUGCCUGGUUCUUUGAUCGCCGAGUUCGCAAAGAUUGCGCGGGACUACGUCAACGAGAUUCAGCUUACCGAGGCUGGCUUGACGAAUCCCGCGAGACCACAUGCACCUGCGAACCAUUCCGCGAUGCAAAUGGUACAGCAGUCAUCAGAGCUUGAUGGCGGAGGCAACAAACAAGUGGCUAGGCCAACACAAAUGACUCUGGAUCUGUCUGAUACUAUGCCGAUAUCUGGGUCGAUGCAACAACCAGGAUACACCGACUUUGCGUUCGACAGUGGGAUGGGUCAGGUGUCUCCCAGUGCGCUCAUGGGGACCGACGUGAUGGGAAUCUUUAAUUAUUUCCUCCCCGAUCUGGACCCUAUGUUUUACCAGGGUAUGACGCAGGAGUACGAUCUGCUACCGCAGCAGCAUGGAGGGACCGUCCAAAGCAUGGACAAGUGAUUUGACGCGGACGGGGUCCAAUUCUUAAUUUCCGUCCGUUUACCAGGCCAGAUGCAGCAUGACAUAACCUUGUUUUUGGAGCUAUAAUAAUGCGUCACCCCCAACGAAUACUAGCAGCUACCUUAGUUGCCACGCCUGACAGUCGAGAUCAUUGCUGGGCAUAAUGACGAAAUACUUAUAUAGAGCAGAACCGCACGUUCGCUGAAUAUCUUCCAGGAUCGAAAAGAAGGUCAGAUGAUGGUGUGUGUGGGUGGGAGGGACUUGGUCUUCGGUGGCAGUGAGCUCCGGGAUCCCGGGCUUCGCUCCGGUCCGCUGCAAGGAUCAGCCGGGUCUCGGACGGUCUAAAGCAGCCUAGCGUCUCCAUUAAAGUCCGUUUGGUGGAUCCCCAAAUGUCGUGGCCCCCUGUCCUUUUUCCCACAGAUGUGCGCGCACGUUUAAAAGAGUCUUGCCGCCAACAGAGCAGAGCUCAAAGAGAAACUUAU